CUGGUUUGCGUUACAAUAGUCUUAUACACAAGAGUAUAAUGAAAAUUCAAUUAUCGUGUUGGUAUGAAAUGUUAUUGAACCUCUUCUCGUUAGUUGUUGACAAAAACAUUGUGCUUGCUACCUUCACAAAAAUGUCGUUUCUCUCCAAAAUACUCACGAACACAUACUUGCUCGGACUUUCAAUACCCGGACAAACAUGUUUUUUUCAUGUAUAAAACAACUUAUUUUGCCUGGUGAGCAAUUUUCAACUUUUUUUUUAUGUUUAUCAAAUGAGCAAAGUCGCCCGCGCCAGUGAAUCCGCCGCGUCUGGAGGCUCUGCAUGCAAGAAAUAUCGAGUGGACAAGCCGGAAACCACUUUAACGUGGAGCUAUACUUGUUUUCUAUCAUUUGAAGUCGUUUUGCUGUCACCAAACGUUUCCUGGAGUAUUUUAUCGCCGUUUAAAUCGUGCAAAGAAAACACAAAUGAGAACGCGACGUCUGCAAGCGGACGGCUUGACUCUCUAAGGUUCUCAUGGGUUGACUCUCCACGGUUCUCAUGUCUCGUUUAAAUAUCAACCGCGUCUCGCCUCUCGCUAAGCAAGCAAACAAAGUCGUGGCAAUGGCAGAAGUCGCACCAGCAGCAGCAGCAGCAGCCGCACCGGCAAAAACCAGCGCCAAGAAGAAGGCGUCGUCCGGCAACAAGGCGCCCGGACCCAGCGCGAGCGAGCUCAUCCUGCAAGCCGUGGCCGAGUCCAAGGACCGCAAUGGCGUCUCCCUGGCCGCCCUCAAGAAGUACCUGGCCGGCAAAGGCUACGACGUGGAGAAGAACAGGUCCCGUCUCAAGUCCGUCAUCAAGGGCAUGGUGGUGAAAGGCGCCAUCGUCCAGACCAAAGGGACCGGUGCUUCCGGCUCGUUCAAGAUGAGCAAGAAGACCGAGGUGAAAAAACCGAAGGCGCUCGCAAAGGCCGACGGGAAGACUUCCGCGAAAGACAAGAAAGCCUCCAUCCAGAAGGGGACGGCGAGCAAGAGGCCCGCGGCCGCAGCCAAGAAAGCCGCGAAGAAGUCCGGGAAGCCCACGACGCCCAAGAAAGCCAAGAAGCCCGCCAAGGUCGCCAAGAAGACCCCCCCGCCCAAGAAAGCCUCUUCGGCCAAAAAGUCCCCCGCGGCCAAGAAGGCUUCCGCCGCUAAGAAGGUCGCCAAGCCCAGGACUGUCAAGAGGGCCCCACCCAAGAAGAAGUGAUUCAAUAGUACACUCAAGCCGCCCACCCCCCC